ACUUGACAUAAAAAUUAAAAAAAGCAAGAAUGAAAAAAUUUCGGAGCACUUAGUUAGUAAUUACGUAAAAAAUAAAAAAAUAGUGCAUAAAAAGAAAGUAAAAAAAAGAGGUCGUUAGUAAUCAGUCUGGUAAUAAUAUACAUUUACAUACAUACGUUACGUCGGAUGUGAGUGUGAGAGCAAGUUUGUAGAGAGUGUAGAGUAAAACAAUAGUCUGGUCGGCAUAAGACGGUAGCGACACUAACGGGCUGAGAGAGCAGUUGAGUAAUAUAUGCGCGCGCGUAUUGCAUUGUGGGUAAUAUGGUGGGAUGGUGAACUAACUGCGACGAAGGAACGGAAUGGCGACACGAUAGGUAUAGGGGAAGGCGAACGAACGAACGAGUGAGUUCACAAAAUGGCGUCCGAGCUUAAGCCCGCGACCAUAUAGUACGUGAGAAUUCGAUAUUUUUUGUACGAUGUUACAAGUUGAUAGUACGUAAAGUCUUAAAUAUUGUGAGUGUUUCGAGUGUCUAUUGCGUUAAUUAAUUAUUGAUUUAGAGAUUUAUAACAAUUCUUUUCGGGAAUUAGAGUAGGGGAAUGAUAUUGAAGCUUCGGUAAGACGCGUAGAGACGGAAUGAUGCAGAAAACGCAGAUAGAAUCCGAGUCUGGCAAAGAGUCAGCGUCUGAUUCGGAUAAUGAGAGUAAAAGUGACCAAAGCAGCAGUUCCUCUGGUAGUAAUUCUGGAUCUGAGAGUGAUAGUGACUCUAGCUCAUCAAGUAGUGGCGGUUCAAAUUCCUCAGCGGCUUCAGUAGCGUCUGAGUACUCCGCCAAGUCGGAUAAAUCCGACCCACCUGCACAAAAUGAUAGUUUUCAGAGCGGAAAAAGCUCCUCGAGUAACAGUGCCUCGGCUAAAAUCAAAAGCCGCCGCGAGUCCAAUCGCGAGUGGGAUGACAAUCCCGAUAUCUACGGGAUCAGGAGGUCUGGCAGAUCCAGGAAGGGUCCUGAGAGACUCGAUACCGCAAACGCCACCUCACGUGAGAGCGAUAACGAUAACCGUAAAAAACUUAAGAAAAAGAGUAGCCAAAAUUCUUGGAACUCUGAAUCUUCUGGAGAUUCAGACUCGGAGGAUUUUGAAAACCGACGACCACCUCCUGCUAGUAAGUCGAUAAACAGGCGAGCUGCUCAAAAAGCUAAAGAAGCGCGCUCGAAAAAAAAACAGCGACGGCUUAUGUCAGCGUCUUCUGAUAAUUCAUCUUUUGAUAGUGAUGAUAAUCGAAGACAUGUUGCUUCAAGAAGAGCAGGAACAGCAGCUGUUAGUUAUAAAGAACAAAGCGACGAAGGCACAGCCAGUGAAGAUUUAGUUGAUGUUGAUGAAGGAGCUUCACAGCCAUCAAAUCAAUUGGAUCCAGCUGACAAUGCCGAAACAAUUGAGCGAAUUCUAGCACAAAGAAUAGGAAAAAAAGGAGUAACGGGUAAUGUGACCACUGUCUACGCUGUUGAGGAAAACGGCGACCCGAAUGUACCAAAACACGAAGACGAAUCAAAUAAAGAAGAAAGUCAAGUUCAGUACCUGAUUAAGUGGAAGGGAUGGUCCCACAUACACAACACGUGGGAGUCAGAAGAGUCACUCAAAGCACAAAAAGUUAAAGGGUUAAAAAAAUUAGACAAUUUUAUAAAACGUGAUACUGAAAUAAAACAAUGGCGAGCGUACGCCGGGCCCGAGGAUAUUGAUUACUUCGAGUGUCAGCUGGAGUUGCAGCAGGAGCUUCUCAAGAGUUACAACAACGUGGAAAGGAUAAUUGCCGAGUACAAAAAGCCUGAAUCUGAGUACCCGGAUUAUUACUGCAAAUGGGAGAGCUUGCCUUACGCAGACGCUACGUGGGAAGAUGGCGCGCUCAUUGUCAAAAAGUGGCCCGAUAAGAUUAAAGAGUUCCGCGAUCGUGAGGAUUCCAAGAGGACACCCAGCAGACAUACCAAGACUCCUGGAAAACGACCAAAGUUCCAUCAUGUUAAAGAGCAACCCACGUAUCUGGGUGGUGAGAGGAAGGAUUUAAUUCUUCGUGAUUAUCAGAUGGAUGGUCUUAACUGGAUGAUUCACUCGUGGUGCAAAGACAAUAGUGUAAUUUUAGCAGAUGAAAUGGGAUUAGGUAAAACUAUCCAAACAAUAUGCUUCCUUUAUUAUUUAUUUCACACUCAUCAAAUUCACGGGCCAUUUUUAUUGGUCGUACCACUGUCGACAAUGACAUGCUGGCAACGUGAGAUGACUUUAUGGGCACCUGAUAUGAAUUUUGUUACUUAUUUAGGUGAUGUAACUUCCCGUGAUAUUAUUCGCCAAUACGAGUGGUGUUACUACGGUACCAAAAGAUUAAAAUUCAACGCAAUCCUUACAACCUACGAAAUAGUCCUAAAAGACAAAUUAUUAUUAGGUCAACUGGACUGGGCAGUGCUUCUAGUCGACGAGGCUCACCGACUAAAAAACGACGACUCUCUCUUAUACAAAGCCCUAAGCGAAUUUAGAACCGACCACCGACUCUUGAUCACCGGUACCCCUCUGCAAAACAGCCUGAAAGAACUGUGGGCUCUUUUGCACUUCAUAAUGCCGAAUAAAUUUGCCGACUGGGAGGAAUUCGAGAAGGAGCACGGCAACUCUGCGCAAAAAGGGUACCCCAAGUUACACAAGCAACUAGAGCCGUUUAUUAUCCGGCGUGUAAAGAAGGACGUAGAAAAAUCCUUGCCCGCCAAAGUCGACCAGAUAUUGCGCGUAGAAAUGACGGCUUUGCAGAAGCAGUACUACAAAUGGAUAUUGACAAAAAAUUACAAUGCUUUGCGCAAAGGUGUCAAGGGUUCAACAAUGACUUUUAUAAAUAUCGUAGUAGAAUUAAAGAAAUGUUGCAACCAUGCAUUUUUAACCAAACCCAUGGACUACGAUCGUGAAAAGAAAGACGACGUUGAGGAUUAUUUACAGCAAAUAAUUCGUGGCUCCGGUAAAUUGGUUUUACUCGACAAAUUAUUAGUCCGCUUGCGAGAAACCGGGCAUAGAGUAUUGAUAUUCAGCCAGAUGGUCAGAAUGUUGGACAUACUGGGUGAGUAUCUUCAAAAGCGACACUUUCCAUUUCAGCGACUGGACGGUAGCAUAAAAGGCGAGCUUAGAAAGCAAGCGUUAGACCACUUCAAUGCCGAGGGAUCCACUGAUUUUUGCUUCCUAUUGUCAACCCGCGCCGGUGGACUUGGUAUUAACUUAGCGACCGCUGACACUGUGAUAAUUUUUGACUCUGACUGGAAUCCCCAGAACGACUUGCAAGCCCAAGCCCGUGCUCACCGUAUCGGCCAGAAAAAUCAAGUAAAUAUUUACCGGCUGGUGACCAAAAAUUCCGUCGAAGAAGAAAUAGUCGAGCGAGCUAAGAAGAAAAUGGUCCUCGACCACUUGGUGAUCCAGCGGAUGGACACCACCGGUAGGACUGUGCUAGACAAGAAAGCUUCCGGCAGCAAUCCUUUUAACAAAGGAGAUUUGAAUGCCAUUCUCAAGUUCGGAGCAGAUGAGCUCUUCAAAGACGAGGAGGAGGGCGACGAGGAGCCCAAGUGUGAUAUUGAUGACAUUUUACGGCGAGCUGAGACCAGAGACGACAGCAGCGCUCCAGCUACUGUUGGCGAUGAGCUGCUCUCGGCUUUUAAGAUCGCCAGCUUCGCUUUUGAAGAAGAGUCCACUGAGCCGGCUAUGGAGGUCGAUAAUCCUGAUAAUGGAGAAGAUAGCAAAGAUUGGGCGGAAAUAAUUCCCGAGAAUUUUAGAAAGAAGAUUGAGCAGGAUGAAAAGUGUAAGGAGAUGGAAGAUUUGUACUUGCCACCGCGAAGUAGGAAGACUUUGCAGCAGAUGAAUAAUCGGGGGAGUAAAGAUGACGGGAAGAGAAAAAGACGCAAAGCUCAGAGCGAUGAAGAGAGUGAUGAGGGGGAUGAUAGUGUGGGUAGCGAUGCUGAUGGGUCUGAUGACGAACGCCCGAAGAAAAGAGGCAGGCCUCGGAUGCAGCCUAGAGAGUCCAUUAAGAGUUUUACUGAUGUUGAAAUCAGGAGAUUUAUCAAGAGUUAUAAAAAAUUCCCGGCUCCGUUAAAGCGGCUUGAUGACAUUGCUGCUGAUGCUGAGUUACAAGAGAAGCCUAUGGUCGAGUUGCGGUACCUUGGAGAGCUGAUGAAGUCCAGGUGUGAUGCUUGCAUCGCUGAGUUUGAAACCGCGAGUAAAGACGGAAGGGAUAAGGAGGAGAAGGUUAAGAAGGAGGGAAAAGGUCGCAAGCGUGGGCGAGGGCCUACUUUUAAGUUAGCGGGAGUUAUGGUCAAUGCCAAGUCGCUUUCUGCGGCUGAGAAAGAAUUAGAACCGCUUGAUCAAGCUUUGCCUGAAGAUGAGGAACAACGUGCUAAUUGGCAUUUAGAUGUUAAAUUAAAGCCUGCUAAUUUUGACUGCGAGUGGAGCUCUGAGGAUGACUCUAGAUUGUUAAGGGGGAUUUAUAUACACGGUAUGGGAUCUUGGGAGGCUAUUAAAAUGGACCCGAGUCUUAAACUUGGGGAUAAAAUUCUUCCUGGUGAUAACAAGCCACAAGUCAAACAGCUCAAUGCUCGCGCUGAGUAUUUAUUGAAGAUUCUUAAAAGGCAGAUGGACAUGAAGCACGGGCUGACUAGGAAGAUGCGCAAGCCUAGGAAGCCUAAAGAAAUUAAAUCUGCGAUUACGAAGGAACUGGUGGAGGAUAAUGACAGUCCUGGGGGCGCCAGUGCUGGCUCUGGAGAUGAGAAUAAGAAACCUAAGGUCAAAGGGGAGAAGCCGGUGGUUAGUGUUAAGAAGGAAGAGCCGGAUGUUGGGGUCAAGAAGGAUGUUAAGGAUGAUAUGAGCGAUAGUGGGCUUGCUGUGACAGGCACUGGGUCAGUUGUUACCCCUGAGGAUAAGAAGAAGGAGAAGAAGAUGAAGAAGGAGAAAAAGGAGGGGAAGAAAACUAGACGGAGCAAACAGGGCGGGUCUGCUUUGGCUACUGGGCCUAUGCAUUUUACGGCGAAUAAUGAACCACGUGCUCUUGAUGUUCUGGGUGAUUUGGACCCUUCGGUUUUUAAUGAGUGCAAGGAAAAAAUGCGGCCGGUUAAGAAGGCCCUUAAGGCGCUUAAUCAGCCGGAUCAGUCGCUUAGUGAGGAGGAAAGGAUUGCUCAUACUAGACAGUAUCUUGUUCAGAUUGGGAAUCAAAUUAAUACUUGUUUGUCUGAGUAUAAAGAUCCGGAGCAGAUAAAAGAGUGGCGGAGUAAUUUGUGGUACUUUGUGUCUAAAUUUACGGAGUAUGAUGCGAAAAAAUUGUACAAGCUUUAUAAACAUGCUACGCGGGAAAGGCAAGAUGAUUCUGGGUCUAAUUUAUUGUCCAGUCCGGAGAAAAAAGAGGAGACUUCACAAAAGCAUACUGUUGAGAAACACCCGCCAGGAGAGACUGCGGCUAAUCCUUCCAAAGAGGCAAGGCCUGUGAAGCGAAGGUUCCCUGAGGAAGUUGAGGAGAAUUCACCGAAUAGUGGGUUGCCUAGUAAGAAACAUUUGGCUGGGAAUCAUCAUCACCAUCAUCAUCAUGGCAAUGCUAAUAAUAGGCAUUCCGGGUCAGCUACCACUGGAUCGGCUACCUUGACUACUGCUACGACCACCACGACUUCCUCGGCUUCUGUAGCUUCCUCCGCGACUCCCGUGCCUCUGGGGUCUAAUAGUAAUUCUAAUAGUGGGAAUAGUGUCAGUGGAAGUGAUAGCUUGAGACAGAAGGAUGCCAAGGAGACGUCGAAACAUAAUAAAGAGGGGAAAAGAGAUAGGGAUAGGGAUAGGGAUAGAGAUAGAGAGAGGGACAGGAUGCACGAUAGGGGAAUGGACAGGCUAGGUGGGAAGGAUGAGAGGAUUAGGCGUGAUAGUGGAGGGUAUAAUGUUGGAGGACACUACAGUGGACGGGAUGAUGAUCAUUGGCCUGGGCGUGAUUCUAGAGAUCCAAGAGAUAGAUUCGAUCACAAGCGAGAUAGAUUCGUUGAAUACGGUGGAAGAGUGUCUGCAGGUUAUCAUCGUGAUCGAGAAAGAGAACGUGACAGAAUGCACAUAAAUGAUAAAAGAAGUGAUUAUUAUCAAAGAUACUCAUCAGGUCCACCACCGCCAAAUAACUACGGGUACGGCGGACCAGUAGGAGCAGGUAGUUAUAACAGCGGCGGCGGGAUAGGAAAUUACCCACCGGGAGAAAUGCCACCGUCUGGACAUUAUAGAAAUAGGGGUUACCUUGGAGAUGGCGGGGGUGGUGGUGGUUAUCCGAGUGACUGGAGACCCAACAGACGCGAUUAUGAUCGAAGGCCUCCACCACCAUCGAAUGCCAAUACGUAGUGAUUUUUCUUACUACCGUCCUCAGUGUGAAACUUAGUGUAUGCAUGUCGAUACAUUAUGGAUAUAAUACACAUACGCUUUCACACUCAGAAAAUGUCUGUAUGUGUAUACAAAUGAAUGUGUUCAUGAGUGCAAGUGUGACUGCGUUAACUCCAAUUAUGUACCAUCUCAUUUGAUAUGUCUCCCUCACCGCCGCUACACAUUUCUUCCUCGUCGAUUAAAACUUAUGUAAUUAUCAAUUAUUUAUAAUUAUGUAAGCAAGCGAUACUCUAGAAAAAAAAAAAAAAAACAUACAUUUUUUUAUGCCUCAUAUAUAGCAAUUAAUUAGGACUCGGUGUUUUUUUCUGUACAAAAAUAAAUACUAAAAAGAAAA